AUGACCAUCUGGAAUCGCAAAAUCACCGUUAGUGAUGAAGCAGUCACUUCGGCUGUUCAUCUCACAUUGAGACAAUCCUUGUACCGAAUCUAUUGGGUUGUCGGCGCUGGUUUGUCGACGUUGGAAACUGCCGCACAGCCAUUCCUUGCCCUUUGCGGUCCGCCACGAUAUAGUGAAAUUCGUCUCAACCUUGGCCAAGGUGUCCAAGGAGUCGGCAUCUUCGUCGCUCCUCUUCUUGCCUCGCGCGUCUUCUUCGCUCAUACCGUCAACACCGAUCAGGGUCUCAAAAACGUGCAAUGGACCUAUCUCGGCGUUGCUUGCUUCGUUGCUCUCUUGAUCAUUCUUUUCUUCCUUGCGCCCUUUCCCGAAAUCACAGAUGCUGAUCAACAGGCUCUUGAAGGCGCGAUAACGGAUUCAGCGGAUGAUGUGCAGCCGCUUCGUAAACAAUAUACUUUAUUCUUGGGGGUAAUGAGUCAGUUCUGUUAUGUUGGUGCGCAGGUCGCUAUUGCGGGUUAUCAUAUCAAUUUUGCGGAAGAGGCUGGUCGGUCUGCUUCUGAUGCUUCGGAUCUUCUCACCGUUGCCCAAGGGCUGUACGCAUUCAAUCGUUUCCUGGCUAGUUUCUUAAUGAUGUUCAAACCAUUCAAACCCCGAUACAUGCUCUUCGUGUAUCUUCUUGGGUGUAUCGUUUUCAGCAUUUCAGCCAUGAACACUUCUGGCAAUACAUCCAUUGCUCUUUGCAUCAUUGUGUUCUGCUUUGAAUCAUGCUGCUUCGCUACCAUCUUCUCCAUGAGUCUUCGUGGCUUGGGUCGCCACACCAAGCGGGGAGGCUCAUACCUGGUGGCUGCCAUUUCAGGAGGCAUGGUCUUCCCACCCAUGAUGGCCGCUGUUAUCGUAAGACCGACGAAACGCGCAUAUCGCAAUGGCCAUCCCUAUGUCCUCGCAUGGAUCUUCCCCAUUUACGUCAACCUGUAUAAGCGCGAGAUCAUGGACACCCAUCGUAACACCGAAGUCAAUGUUACUCACACACGUGCCAGCGAGAAGAAAAUUGAGUUGGAGAGGGCUCGUGAGAAUGAGCCUGAGGUCACUAAUAUCGAGAAUGUCGAGGGGAAGCGUGCCUAA